CAGGUCCCGCCCCUCGUGUCCUCGCUGUCUGCGGCAGUGUUAAUAAAGUUGCAGCGGUUUGACAUUUGCGGUCGACAAGAUGGCUGCCUCCAUGCUCGGCUCUCUGCUGCGGAUCGUCCGGCAGAUGGUUCCUUCAUCAGCUUCAGGCCAAGUUCGAAGUUACUAUGUCAAUUGGAGAAUGUUGCGUGAUGUAAAGAGAAGAAAAAUGGCCUACGAGUAUGCAGAUGAGAGGCUACGGAUCAAUUCUCUCAGGAAGAAUACUAUUCUUCCAAAAAACCUUCAGUUUCCUCGUUUGCUAUACAUAUCGAUUUUCUCAGUGAAGCUGGGACAGUCAUUUGGGGAGACAACAGAAGUGCAUGCAUGUAUUUUCCAAAAGAGAAAUGAGAAUGUUAUCCUUGAGGAGGUGGCUGAUGAAGAAAUCGCUGCCCUUCCCCGGGAUAGCUGCCCUGUUAGAAUCAGAAAUCGAUGUGUUAUGACGUCCCGUCCACGAGGUGUAAAGCGGCGCUGGAGGCUCAGCCGUAUCGUCUUCCGUCACUUAGCUGAUCAUGGGCAACUGUCUGGGAUCCAGCGAGCAAUAUGGUGAUCAUCUCCAGAAGCUACUGACCUUGCAGGAAAACCAUUUAGGCAAGAAGAGACUUUUCUAAUAGAUAAAAACCUGAUUUUUAUUUGAGUGUUCUGUCAGUGAAUAAUAUUUUUCUAAAUAUAUUGUUCCCAAGCAUAGUGCAAAGAGUAAUUAAAAAAAACUUUGUGAAAA